CUUUAUCGAACUACUUACCUACCCAAUAAUUAUUUAUUGUUUACAAUAAACAAUUAAUACUUUAUAAUCAAUUAUUUAUAAUAUUGUGCAAUUUGAGAAAAGUUAAUUUCACAAUAAUUACUAAGUAUUUAGAUACAAUUUUAAUUUUGUAUUAAAAUUAAAGUUUUGUAAUUUGUAAAAGGCAUAAACUAGUGAUUCAAAAUGUGUGUUCCGUUAUCAAGAUGUUGUUUUUGUAUGAGCUUAGAUGUCGGCUCGAAGGUUAUUUCUAUUAUUAACUUGAUGUCUUCAGUAAUGAUCGGCAUGGUGUACGGCACGGCAGCCAUGCUGCCGGCGCCGGUGGCUGAAAACCGGAAGAUCGUAUACGCCAUCAUAGCGAGCAUCGCCAUGUUCCAGCUGGUCAUUGGCUGCCUCUUGAUCUAUGGCGUGUUCGGGAAGAAACCCUGGCUAAUACUGCCUUGGCUGGUGUCAAGCUGGGUCUUCUGCUUGACGCUGCUUGCGCUGUCGGUCUUCGGCUUGAUCCUCAUAGCCCUCCAGCACGCGGCGGGGGAGGACAUGGCUACCGAAGUCAGCACCAUGGCUUCAGUCUACUGUGUUUAUGGAGUGGUGUUGUACUACUUCGCGUCAGUGAUAAAGAGCAGAAGAGACGAAAUGCUUCGAGAUUCCUCCACGGAGUCCUCCCAGAGGUUGAUGAGAAGAGAUAUCUUCAAGUAUCCAGUGAUGCACCACCAUGACAUCACCGCCUCUAGUCAUUAUGUGACGUGUUGGCGAGAGACCAUGAUACUUAUUUUAUACAUGGCCUGUUUGAUCACUGGUGUUAUGUGUUACGAAGUAAACCAAAAUGACGAGUACGGAACCACUUUGAAUGUCACUACUUUAUAUCCAGUUCAAGACUUCAUUCAUAUAAAUAAAAGUGAUAAUUCAGAAGCCAAGAGAAAUAUAGAAGAUAAGAUUAUAUCUACGAGUGGACAACAACCUAAAGAUCAAUUAAGGGAAAAUAAUUUAGCUAAAGAAAGUUCAAAAGAGUUUGACUCAUUUCGCGAUAGUAAAAAUGAUGCCAAUGAUACAAAAAAUAAGCAAGAUAAUUUGGACAAUGAAACAAAUCUAAAUAACAAUGAACAUAAACAAGAAAAACCUAAAAUACCUAAAUUAGACACUAACAAUUGGAAAAUUGAUACGUUUUUUAAUCCAUCAAAUAUAAGUGAACCAGAGGGUAACAAAAAUGAAUCAGAAAAUAAAAUUCUACAAGCUGCUGGAAAAGAGUUUAAGCCAAGUCCUCAAUUGGGACAUUUUCAUAGUGAAGAUGCUUUUGUGGUGCCGACACAACCAACAAUAGGAUCAUUUUCCCCAGUAAAUAAAAAUCCACCAACAUUUUUCAGCUCUCCAGGCGACUUCUACAAAUUAAACUACAAACCUCCCAGUUACCCGGACCCAAUCGAUACACCUUAUAAAUUCGAAAAAACAGUACCAUCAAAACAUGAGGAAUGGAAAUACAGCACCGGAGUAGAAGCCAAACCCACAGCUCAAGCUCCUAUGAAGAUCCCGGCAGGAGGACUUUACAAGCUUCCUGAUCCAUUUAAGGAAAAACCUAAUUCAUAUGGUGAUCCAUUCAAGGAAAAACCUAGUUCAGAUGGUGAUGAUGAUAAUUUUGGAUUGGACUUUAAAGACGAUGAAAAGGAUGCUAAGGAGAAUCCAAUUAAAAAACGUGGAAAUCCCUGGAAAAGCUUCCUGCACCUGGUCACGGCAUUGAUUCCUGUGGGCAUCAUCCUGUCGGCGCUGACUCCCAACAUCAUCACCCUGGAAACUGUGGACAACAAUCACCAUUACCCAAACCGAUUUUCCCGGCGGUCAGGCGACGUGGCUGCUCUACCUGCAAUAAGCGAGAACUGCAAGCGAAGGCUACUGUGUGAACUGCAUUCCGAUUCCAACUAUAACAUACAAUCACGCCGAAGACCAAAGCACUGCUACAAAAUCCAGUGCCAUGACCCUCAAGCGCUGAGCAAGGUCCUGCAUUGGUUGCUGCUGUACAGCCGACCCGGGGGCUCUCACCAUGAUGAGCACGAUAGAAGUUAUAUCACUUGAUAAGCCCUAGUAAUAAACCUCAAUUAUUAUUGUU